AUGUCAUUUCCGGUGAAGAUAGGUGAUUAUUUCCGGCUUUUUCAGCAACAUGGCAGCGCCCUUAGGUCUGCACCUGGAGUUUGGAGGAGGAGCUGAACUUCUCUUUGAUGGGGUCAAGAAUCAUCAUGUGGCACUCCCUGGCCAAUCAGGUCCCUGGGACAUGAAGCAGCUGCUUGUGUGGAUUCGAGGGAACAUGCUGAAGGAGCGCCCAGAGCUCUUUAUGCAGGGCGACACUGUUAGACCCGGGAUUCUCGUAUUGAUCAACGACGCAGACUGGGAACUGAUGGGUGAACUGGAGUACCAGCUUCAGGACCAGGAUAAUGUUGUCUUUAUCUCCACACUUCAUGGAGGCUAACUGACUCUAAAUCAACACCACGCCCAUACAGAAGCCCCUCCAUCCUUCAAAAGGUCAAAAAUCAGAUGAUCCAUCAACAAUGGCAUCGGUGGCCGAUAUCAAUCCUAGCCAUGGACUUCGACCAAUCCUGUGAAAAGACUAAUUUUAAGUCUAAUAAAACGUAACAUCAUCGGGAAUCUGGCUGCAGAGGGCCAGUUCACUGUCCCCCCCGCGUGGCGGGGUUACGAUGGGGAGCAAGGGCUCAUUAGGAAGGUCACUCUGUCUAGCCAGUGUCCAGAAGGAUUCUCCUGAGACGUGGUGGACCGGUUGCCCCAUGUCAAAUGGCUCCGUUAUAAUUUUCAUUCAUUUUCUGUUAGAUCCAUAGCUAUCAAUUGUAUGUUUACUAUGUAAAUCCGUAUUUUUAUUUUUAUUUUAUCUGAAUUAAUAAAUAGUCACAAUAUUGUUUUAUUUGUGAUUUUAUAU